ACUUACCCAUUUCUUUUUGUUUCCUCCCCCUCUUCAUUUCCUCGGAUUCUUAGGUCAAUUUUCUCCUGAAUCUGGAUCGCAUCAUGGCUCCGUCUCGAUCAUCGGCCUCAUGGCUCUCCUCUGCGCUGGCCGUAUGUGCCAUCCUGUGCCUGUCGGUGCCCGCCAAUGCCCUCUACUUCUUCAUGGACGGGCGCCAAACCAAGUGCUUCUAUGAGGAGCUUCCCAAGGACACCCUCGUUGUCGGCACCUACUCCACGGCCGUCAUCAACGAACAAUCGAACACGUAUAUCGUCGACCCCAACCUGAAGAUGCUCAUCACCGUGGACGAGAUCUUCGACAACGACCACCGCGUCGUCUCCAAGCGCGACGGCCACUCGGGCCGCUGGACCUUCUCCGCCGCCGACGCCGGCCUGCACAAGAUCUGCCUCACCCCCGAGACCAAUGCCGCCACGGGCGGCUGGCUGUCCGGCGCCCAGGCCGGCGCCGUCCAGGUCACCCUCGACAUGGCCAUCGGCGAGACCAGCAAGAUCGAGUCGGAGGACAAGGACAAGAUGCAGGACAUUGUGCAGAAGGUCAAGGACCUGAACGGUCGCUUGCAGGAUAUCCGGAGAGAGCAGGUGUUCCAGCGGGAACGUGAGGCCGAAUUCCGCGACCAGUCCGAGGCUACCAAUUCCCGCGUCGUCCGGUGGACCCUGAUCCAGCUGUUCGUUCUCUCGGCCGCUUGUGCCUGGCAACUCUCGCAUCUCCGCUCUUUCUUCAUCAAGCAGAAGCUCACAUAAAUGCCCAUGUCGAUCGGACGAAAGGGGGGUUCUUUUCUUUCGAGCUAUGAUUUUGUUUCUUCUCCUUGGUUCUGUGCGACAAAGAAAGAAGAUCGAGGGGGGGAGAGAGAAAUUACCAAAUCAGGCCCGGUAGCUUUAUAUGAUCGGUGUUUUCUUUUCAGCGAGGUAAUAAACUUUUCUAAGUCAUUCGUAUUUCCAAAUGUUUGUUUGUUUGUGUCUUACGGGGACAUGACAUGAUCUAUAUUAUCUUCUUCACACUUGGGCUGUGCUGCUAUGUUCAAAGGUAUCUAGUCAAGGAACGUAAGGUGAUCAUAGCGUUCUCAUGGUGUUCGGUUGGUUAGUCGAGUUCUUGAUGUGGAGUAGCCUUCGUCUGCAUGGGCUGCUCGGAGUAUCCCAAGCGAGCCGGCAGGAUAUAUAUACCGUGU